AAAGGAGACCGAGAGAGGAGAGGGAGGGAAAAAAAAAAGGAGAAAACUGUAAGUGCGUAAAAAAGUUCUCGCCGUGGUGACGGAUGCUCAAAAGUUCAGGAGUUUUUCCGAUGCUUCCCAAAGCAGCCUGCGACUGAAAAAGAGACUGAAAAAACCGAGAGGGAGAGAGAGAGGGAGACUUUGCACUGGGAGAUCGGGAAGGUGGAUUUUUUUUUCUUCUGCUCGCUUAAAAAAAGCCGACAAAACACAUCCCUCUACUUUUGUCCCUCCUUUGCAGACAACUUGUUGCAGAUCCCCGUGGAACAAGGAACUGGGACCGUGGGAGCCUCUUUGCAAAGGUUUUAUUUUCUUAAUACUCUUUCUGCGUUUGGAAGUUGCUUUCUCCGCUGCGAUUACUUUUUUUUCCCCCUCCGCCGUUUUCUUUUUUAAAACAUUUUUUCCAUUUUUUUCCCCCCUCCUUUUUUCCCUCCUUUUUUGAUUUUUUUUUUCCCCCUCCGCGUGGAGCGCGGGAGCUCGCCGGUGGGCUUUCCUGGGCGAAGAAGAGGAGACUUUCGGCGCUGCCGUCGUUAUUCUUUCUCCCUUUUACCGCGCUCCGCCGGGGGGGUGGGGGGGUGGGGGUUGCCCGGCCGCCCGGUCCAGCUCGGUCCGCGGAGCGGCGGAGGGGUGGAGGGGGAAGGGACGCGCUGUUUGGUCCGGCGGGGAGGGUGGGGGAAAGCUGACGGGAGGACAUGCAGGCUCGCUACUCCGUGUCCAGUCCCAACUCCCUGGGAGUGGUGCCGUACCUCGGCGGAGAGCAGAGCUACUACCGCGCCGCGGCGGCGGCGGCCGGCGGGGGCUACACGGCCAUGCCGGCCCCGAUGAGCAUGUACUCCCACCCGGCCCACGAGCAGUACCCGGCUGGCAUGGCCCGAGCCUACGGGCCCUACACGCCACCGCCGCAGCCCAAGGAUAUGGUGAAGCCGCCCUACAGCUACAUCGCCCUCAUCACCAUGGCCAUCCAGAACGCGCCCGAUAAGAAGAUCACCUUGAACGGGAUCUACCAGUUCAUCAUGGAGCGGUUCCCUUUCUACCGGGACAACAAGCAGGGCUGGCAGAACAGCAUCCGCCACAACCUCUCCCUCAACGAGUGCUUCGUCAAGGUGCCCCGAGAUGACAAGAAGCCCGGCAAGGGCAGCUACUGGACCCUCGACCCCGACUCCUACAACAUGUUCGAGAACGGCAGCUUCCUCCGCCGCCGCCGCCGGUUCAAGAAGAAGGACGCCGUCAAGGACAAGGAGGAGAAGGACCGCCUGCACCUCAAGGACCAUGCCCCGCCGCGCCCGCCGCCGCCCGCCGCCGCCGCCGCUGAGCCCGAGGGCGGCCCCGCCGGGGGCAGCGCCGCGCCGCCGCCCGUCCGCAUCCAGGACAUCAAGACAGAGAACGGCACAGCCUCGCCGCCGCAGGCCGUGUCCCCCCCCGGCGCCGCGCCGCCGCUCGGCGCCGUGCCCAAGAUCGAGAGCCCCGACAGCAGCAGCAGCCUCUCCAGCGGCGGCAGUCCCCGCAGCACCCUCCCCUCCAGCCGCUCCCUCAGCCUGGAGGCCCCCGAGCCCCCGCCGCCGCCGCCGCCGCCACCCCCGCCGCCGCCGCCCCACCACCACGGCCCGGGCUUCAGCGUGGACAACAUCAUGACCUCGCUGCGGGGCUCGCCUCAGGCCGCCGCCGAGCUGGGCGCCGGCCUCCUGGCCCCCGCCGCCGCCGCGCCGCGCACCGGCAUCCCGCCCGCGCUGUCCCUCGGCGGGUACUCGCCGGGACACAGCUCCGUCUACGGCUCGCCCUGCGGCCAAGCGGCCGCCGGCUCCGCCGCAGGCACCUACCACUGCAACAUGCAGGCCAUGAGCCUCUACGCAGCGGCGGGCGGCGCCGACCGGCCCGGCCACCUGCCCGCCGCCGCCGCCAGCCCCGCCGAGGACCCACUGCCCGACUACUCGAUGCCCUCGGGCGGCGGCGGCGGCGGCG